UUCGCCAUAACUUCUUCUUAGCUGUGUAAUGAAUGAUGACCUUUUUUCUUCGAUUUAUAAGUUUUUUUUUUCCAGCUAAUUGAGAUUGAGUUCAUGUGUGUUAGGGUUAAGGGAUUUAACAUAAUUUUUCCUUUCAAAAUCAAAUGAAGUCAAAAGCUAACUCUUGUUCAUGGCAAAACUAUGAAAAUCCAAUUUCUAUAGAGAUGCUAAACUCUGUAUAAGCCCCAAAUUGGGCUUUGAAUGUGUAGUGUUUCUAUUAUUAGGUUAUUUAUGCUCUGGUCAUGGUUCCUGAGGUAGAUGCAGAUCAUGCUCUGAUGAUUGAAGAAAAUUAUCCGAAUCCAAUGCUGAUUGAUCCAAAAAGAGACCGUUUUCCGUGCUGCAUUGUAUGGUCACCACUUCCUGUCCUGUCUUGGUUUAUCCCCUUUAUUGGGCAUAUAGGGAUUUGUAGGGAGGAUGGCGUGAUCUUGGACUUUGCAGGGCCAAACUUUGUUUCUGUUGACAAUUUCACAUUUGGGGCACCAACUUGCUAUUUCCAAUUAAGCAGAGAGCAGUGCUGCUGCCUUUCUCCUUAUUCAGCUGAACCUACGGGUGAAUAUGUCGAGAACCAUGAUGAAUCUGGAGGUAAUGUUGACACGUGGGAAUCUGCCAUAAGAAAGAGCAUUCAAGAAUUCCAACACCAAUCUUACAGCAUUUUCACUUGCAACUGCCACUCUUUUGUAGCUAAUGGUUUGAACAGGCUGGGGUUUCAGUCUGGUGGAUGGAAUGUAGUCAACCUGGCCAUUUUCAUUUUUCUCAAGGGACGUUGGGUAAAUAGAACAGCUAUGGUUAAAACCUAUUUACCGCCUCUCGUUGUGCUUGGUUUAGGACUCAUCUUUGGAGGAGGGACUUUCCUUACUUACCUGUUGAUUUUCAUGUUUGUUCUUAUUGGUUGGUUUCUCCUUGGCACAUAUUGUUUCAAGAAGUUGAUCCAUGUGUAGUCAGUCAGUUGCUCGAGAUUAUUUGAUUCCUAUAGUCUAACACUUGUAAUUUUGGACAUGAUACAAGUAACUUUUUUUAAAAAAGUUAAUAUCAAGUAACUUAGAGCUGUAUGUGUCAAAGAUGCUCAGUUGGAAAAGCUGGCUUCAGUUCCACUUAAAAGACAUUUCAUUCAAUGCAGCUGUUUCUUGUUCCAUUGAGACUUGAACAUAUGGGAUGUCCAAGCAGAGACAUGAAGUUUUAUUUGUCCAUGGAAAGAAAAAUAAAUGUGAAUUUUUAAUCUAGAAA